AUGAAUGAAAAUAAGCAGCAGCAGCAGCAGCAGCAGCAGCAGCUGAAGAAAAGAAGAAAGAAGAAUACAACAGAUACCAGUGUCGUUGAUGAAAAACGAGGUGGGGUGAAGACAAAAGGAUUGAAAGAGAUAUCGACUUCUUUAAUUUUGCUUGAGGAUCAAGAAAAGGAUGGCCGAGAAGAAUUUGCCAAGGCCCAUCAAGAAGAAAGGUUACAAUUUGAGGAAAAUCACAAGAAGAAGACAAGCGCAAUGCUCGAUUGUUACUCCAAGUUGCACGAGGACUAUCAUGAGGAUGUGGAUCGCGUUGAUGGGGCUAGAAAAAGAAAGGCGCGGGCCAAUGUGUUUGCUGCAUCAAAUGCUACUGCCAUCGCCCUUGCCUCGGCCGACAUAGAGGAUUCCAUUUCAGGUGGUAACGAUAGAACUAGUGCGAGCGAUAAAGUGCCAGCAACAGGACCGCAGCGGCGGCUUUGGGUUAAGCAUAGAUCUAAAGAUUGGUGGGAUCAAUGUAAUAGCCCGGAUUUCCCAGAUGAGGAAUUUAAGAAGGCAUUUAGAAUGGGAAAAGAUACUUUUGUCUUGAUAUGCAAUGAAUUGAGUUCGGUUGUUGCCAAGGAAAAUACUUUGUUGAGGGAUGCUGUCCCUGUGAGGCAACGUGUUGCGGUGUGUAUAUGGCGGUUAGCCACAGGGGAGCCGCUUAGGCUCGUUUCGAAGAAAUUUGGUUUGGGAAUUUCGACCUGUCAUAAGCUUGUUCUUGAGGUUUGUUCCGCAAUUAGGAAUGUUUUGAUGCCGAAAUAUUUAAGGUGGCCGGACGAUGAAACAGUGAAUAGGAUUAAGGAUGAUUUUGAGUCCAUUUCCGGGAUAAGCAAUGUGGUAGGAUCAUUGUACACAACUCACAUGCCAAUCACUGCUCCUAAAGCAAGCGUCGUGGCCUAUUUCAACCGAAGGCACACGGAAAGGAAUCAAAAGUCCUCGUAUUCAAUUACAGUUCAAGGUGUGGUUGAUCCAAGGGGAGUGUUUACUGAUGUCUGUAUAGGAUAUCCUGGUUCAAUGCCUGAUGAUCAUGUUUUGGAAAAAUCCACACUUUUUCAAAGAGCAAAUGCAGGUUUCUAUAAAGAUGCUUGGAUUGUUGGAGGUUCUGGAUACCCUUUAAUGGAUUGGGUAUUGGUACCCUAUACACAACAGCACUUGACUUGGACACAGCACGCUUUCAACGAGAAAAUCGGGGAAGUUCAAGGGAUUGCGAAAGAGGCAUUUACAAGACUGAAGAGACGAUGGGGGUGUUUACAGAAAAGAACUGAGGUCAAACUUCAGGACUUGCCUGUUGUGUUAGGGGCGUGCUGCGUUUUGCAUAAUAUAUGCGAAAUGAGGAACGAGGAUCUAGAUUCAUCGCUGAAAUACGAAUUCUUUGAUGAUGAAAUGGUUCCGGAAAUAAGUUUGAGAUCACCAAAUGCCAUGAAAGCAAGGGACUCCAUUGCUCAUAACCUUUUGCAUCAUAACCAUGCUGGCACUUCAUUUCUCUCAUAG